AUGAAAGAAGAAGAAAAGGAGGAAACUAAUAAAUCCAAAGACGAUAUAAAAACAAAGGAAUUAGAUGAAGGAUCGGAUAUGGAAACCGAAGAAGAUAAACAGGAAAAAGUAUCGAAGAAAAAGCUAAAAAAAUUGGCUCGAUUGAGUGUGGCUCAGUUGAAACAAUUAGUAAAAAGACCGGAAGUUGUUGAGUGGGUAGAUGUAACUGCUGCAGACCCUAAACUUUUAGUUAGUCUCAAAGCUUACAGAAAUACUGUUCCAGUUCCUCAACAUUGGUCACAAAAAAGGAAAUAUCUUCAAGGGAAGAGAGGAAUAGAAAAGCCGGCUUUUGAUUUACCUGAUUUCAUCAAGGAUACUGGUAUCAUGGAAAUGCGUGAAGCUGUUAAAGAGAAGGAAGACGCGGCAAAACUGAAGCAAAAGACACGUGAACGUGUACAGCCCAAGAUGGGCAAACUGGAUAUUGAUUAUCAGAAAUUACAUGAUGCAUUUUUCAGAUUUCAAUCCAAACCAAAGUUAACAAUCCAUGGAGAAUUGUAUUACGAAGGCAAAGAAUUUGAGACGAAACUUAAAGAAAAAAAACCGGGACAACUUUCAGAAGAACUGAAAGCGGCCUUAAAUAUGCCUCCGCUUGCUCCUCCACCAUGGUUAAUUGCAAUGCAACGUUACGGACCUCCUCCUAGUUAUCCUAAUUUGAAAAUUCCCGGAUUGAACGCACCGAUUCCAGAAGGGGCCCAAUGGGGAUUUCAUCCUGGUGGUUGGGGAAAACCUCCUGUUGAUGAGUAUAAUCGACCUUUAUAUGGCGAUGUUUUUGGAACUUACCAACAAGAUAUUCCCUCAGAUAUCGUUCAACCGAUUGAACGUUCAUUAUGGGGUGAACUAGAAUACGAGGAAGAAGAAUCGGAAGAAGAGGAGGAAGAGGAAGAGGAAGAACCGGUAGAAGAAGAUCCUGCUGCAUCUAAAGCGUUACAAGAAGGUCUUGUCACUCCUAGCGGUUUGUCAAGUGUACCUAGCGGUUUGGAAACUCCUGAAUAUAUUGAAUUGAGAAAAUUCCAAAAUACUUCUACUACUUCUACUACAACAAAUACGGCAAGCUUAGCGAAUGAACCUAAACAAUUAUACACAGUGCUCCCACAAAAGGAAGCAUCGAUUUCAGGAUUUAUGGGAUCACAACAUGUAUAUGAUUUGUCAUCUACAUCAACAUCAGGACCAUUAAAGGGAACUACUAAGCGAAAAGCUGUUGGAGCUGGUGUUGACGUAGCCUUGGACCCUUCAGAAAUGGCUAAUCUGGAUGAAGAAACUUUAAGAGCCAAGUUUGAAGAAGCUCAACAGGUUGCUACUCUACCCGAAGGUGCACAUGAAGAUUUUUCCGAUAUGGUUGCUGAACAUGCAAGUAAACAAGCAAAGAAAAGACAAAAGGUUGCAGAUUCGCGAGCUGCGGCCAGAGAUUCAAGUUCUGGAAGUUCAGGAACUAAGAAAUAUAAAGAAUUUAAAUUUUAA